AUGGCACCGAAGAAGAAAUCCGCAAGUACAUUGGUGAAAACCACCAAGAAAACCAUACAAGAAACAGUUCAAGUUUCUGUGGUUGAUCAAACCACCAAAAAACCAGUCACGAGAGGCCUUUCAUCUAAAGAAAAAGUCGAAAUCAUCACUGUAAAAACCCCAAUAGAGAAAGAAACCCUAGAAGAUGAUGAUACUCAGUUAGAAGAACUAGAAGAUGGAGAUGAAGAUAUUGUAAAUGAUGCAGUAACAAGAGAAAUCAAAGUUCAAGAUGCCACUCCGACCCCAGAAAAAAAGGAACAGCCCAAGAAAACCACCACCCGUGAGGGCGGUGGGAGGAAGAAGGCGGAGGAGAAUAUUGAGGGUAAGAAGAAGAGGAAAAGGAGGAAGGUGGGGGAGAGUGGUGGUGAAGGGUAUAAGAGGUACCUGUUUAGGGUGUUGAAGCAGGUGCAUCCUGAUUUAGCGAUAUCGUCGAAGGCUAUGACGAUUAUCAGCAAUUUAAUGGCGGAUAUGUUUGAAAGGCUGGCGGAGGAUGCGGCUCGGUUGUCGGAUUAUAGCAAGAAGGCGACAAUGACGGCGAGGGAGAUUCAAGGGGCGGUGAAAUUGGUGGUGCCGGGAGAGCUUGGGAAGCAUGCAGUUGCAGAGGGGACUAAGGCUGUCACCAGCUACAUGUCUUACGGCGGCGGUGGUCGUGGUCGUGGUCGUGGCGGUGGUCGGGAGUCCGAGUCUCAAACUUUUUAG